UUGAGAGAGAUAUAUGAACACACCCUUCUCAUUCUCCUCAUAUACACCAGGUGAGAACUCCUCUUCCUUCAGAACUCUUCCAGAACUCCACGCUGUGCUGUCACAGGAGAAAAGGACAGUCGCAUUUCAGUUCCAGCCAUGGGCCUAUCCACUCUUUGUGUGGCUGUUUGCUGCUUGUGCCUUGUGAACACAUCAGCAGGUCAAAACCCCAAUAAGGAAGAGAACAAAUCGACAGGAAGAUGUUCAGGGUGGGAGGAGACUCUGUCGAAUCAGCUGACAGUGCCUUCGAACUUCAUUUCUUUCCUCAAGACCAACAGCAAGAAUCUCCCCAAGCUGUCGAGCGGCUGUGUGAUGUCAUUCAACCAGUCCGUCAACGCCAGCGCUGUGGCAGAUUUAAUGAAGGCCUUGAAUGAGGUGUAUGAUGAUCUGAACCCUGGCACCAGAAAAAUGGUUUACUUGUGGAUUGAAAAAAUGUACAGUAAGGAAGAUGGGAAGCCUAGUGACAAACCUGGGAAAAAUGACAUGCCAGACCAAGAGAAAGGCAAAUCCAAUUGGAUCACCGUGAAUGUUCUUAAAUUGCUGGGCCGUUUUCUUUUACAAGCUCCCAUUUCUGCCAUCAAGGACAUUGGAGGGAAUGUCAACAGUCUCUGCAGUUUGUACAGCAAUGUCACCGGACCCUUUGACAAAUUCUACGACCUUAACUCAGCACAAGCCAACUUCUUAUUUCAGGGGCUCCAAAAGUGCAACGUCAACAUAACAGAUAAAAACGAGAUCCCAAAGCUUGGACAGAUGGCUUGCUUCUUUCCCCCUUUUGCUGGUAAACUGGAUCAAUCUGCCAUCGACGCUCUGAUGAUGCAGCUGAAGAACUGCAGUGGAGAUGUGAAAAAUGUGUACCAGAAUCUCAUGAAGUCGAGGCCAGCAGGCAGUAUGAAUGCAGACGACCUGAAAAAUCUCGGGGACGCAGCUGUGGGCUUCAGUGUGAGCCAGCUGGGCAACCUUAGCAAAAAAGCCAUCCAGGAAUCUCUGGACCAACUUACAAAAGUCAAAGGCUGGUCCCAGGGACAGAAGAAAGCACUGCUGGAAAAAGUCCUUGAUACAGCAGAUACCCAGAGUGCAGAGGGCCUUAAAAAGUUGGGCAGCCUGGUCAGUGCUUUGGAUAGCAAGGCCCUGGGCAAGCUGAACAGCAGUGAACUGCUUGCGGCCUUUAAAUCCCAGGAUGUCGCACAAUCUGCAGAGUCCAUGCAGCCCAUCCAGAAAAAAACGAUUGUCAGAGCCAUCUUGAAGGACAAAUCCAUCAAUGAAGCUUUGAAAGAGCUGCCACCCACAUUGAUGAGUGAAAUCUCCUCUCAGACACUGAAGAACGCGACUGUGGGCACGCUGACUCUGGACUUCCUUGAUAAACCCAUUCCCUGGAACAAGGGACAGGCUUUAGUCAUCAUUAAGACAAUCCUUAAGAAUCUUAAGACUCCCGAAGACAUUAAAAAACUGUGGGACGCUGUGACUGGUCUGACUUGCAGUAACAUAGAAAGCAUGUCUGUGGAUAACCUGAGAGCUCUGGCUGCAAAUGAAAAAAUUACCCGUGACCAGGUUCGCUGUGCUGCUGCUGCUUAUUCUAAAGCCUUAAACAAGACAUUGACUGCCUUGACAGCAGUUGAAAUAACCCAGAUUCCACCUAGUUUUCUCCUGUCCUUAAAGUCUUUUGAUGAGCUGAUGAAGAUCCCAAGCACCUCCUGUUCUUCAGUAGUGUCCCUCCUGGCUCAGGCUAACCCAAAGCUCCUGUCCAGGAGCUCUCCAAGACGACAGGAGAUACUCACAUUCAUCAAAAGCUGCCUAAAACUUAAUGAUACCAUAACCCUGAAUGCUAGCCAGGUCCGUGAUCUGGGUCUUGCUGUUUGCUACUUCAACUCAAAGGACUUUGAUAACAUGGGAACCGACGUUUUCCAAGAGGCCAUCGACAAGCUUAAAGACUGUGGCAAAUUCGAGGGCAAAAUGAAAGAGUCGCUCGCCAGCAAGAUAACAGCUACAUACGGUAACUCCUCCACCUGGACUCCUGAUGUUCUCAAUCAGCUUCAAUCCCUGCUGUCUUUGUUUAAUUCAACACAACUGGAGAAGCUCCAACCCACCGCUGACAUCAGAGUAGUCCUUGGAGACAUUCUGUCUCGGGUGAUAAAACCAGAGGGAUUUGUAGCCCCAGAUUUGGACUUCACUCCCAAAAUGGACAUUGUGAGCAAAGCAUUCUCCAAAAUGGUCCUCGGAGAUCCAGCAGCAACACCCUCCGGCAAAAGGAGAAAGCGAGCAGCAGUGAACUGCAGCGGUGUUACCCCGCCCACUACGGAUCAAAUACAAAUUCUCAAUGCCGGAUGCGCAGCGCUCUCCCCUGUGCAGCUACAGUGCAUGUCAACAGACACCUUCACCAACACUCUGGAUAUCUUAGCCUCCGUGAAGGGAUUCAGCAUGGAACAGCUCACCGCCUUGAAAGAGAAGGCGUUACAGGUAUACAGUCAGAAAGCAGAUCUGGUGAAACAGAUCACCAGCCUGAAGGGAAUCGCAUUGGCUUUCUCUCAAGACGAAGUCAACGACUACUUUGCUACUCCGGAUAUCGAUAUGCUGUCUGCGGUCGGUGAAAGCAAGGACUGGCUCAGUCCAGCAACGCAAUCCCAAGCAAAGAGCAUAGCUGAGAACUUCCUGAAAACCAAGCCAGCGAGCAAUCUGACUAGCAGUGACCUGGUGGGAAUGCGCUACUUCAUCUGUGUGCUUAGCGCUGAACAAAUAGGAAACAUCAGCAAUACGGAAUACAGUACUGCCGCAAGCAAUAUUGGAGCGCUUCAGUGCCCCAGCAAUGUCCUGACUGCUUUAAAGAAUAAAGCAAUAAGUACCUUUGGCUCUCCAGACACCUGGUCCGAGGAUGUUGUCCAAUCCUUGGGGACCACACUGGCUGGACUCAAUGGAAGUGAAAUCAGUAAACUUGGAGAGAAAGUGAUGCCUUAUCUUACUCCAGAAGCUGUCUCCCUCAUUCCUCCUGCUCUGUUUAAAAGCCUCUCCUUAGAGCAGUUGAGAAACCUUGGGACUGAUAAUUUCGCCGCUGUCUCGAGUGACCAGAAGGCACAGCUGGAUACAUUGAAACUGCAGGCCUUGAAUGAGAACGCUGGAGCAACCAAUCCUGCAUAUUCUGCUGGACACAAAAUAAGCCCAGCAUUUGCUGCAGUCACCCUGAUUCUGACCCUGCUGACCCUGAACCUACUUUAACCAACAAGGCUCGGCACGUCCAGAACAUCAAGAAAUAGCCCUGUGUCUCCCACCACCUAGUCAAACAGAGUUUUCUUUCAUUGGGUGUUCUGAUCAUUUUAGCAACACAAUCUGACUUGAAUUGUGUCGUAACAGUUAUAGAAUAUUACUUCAAUAUCUGUCAAGUGACCCUACAUUUAGAAAUCCCCUGUAAGUUUAUUUUAAGCACUGCACACAUGUCGGUAGCUGUUAGUAGAUUAAACAAGGGUAUGGAAUCAAUGAAGAAACGCAUCACUUUCUGAAGAACCGUUGCCUUAUGUUUAAAGCCAGAAAACUCUUCAACCUGAAUGAAUUCUCUUCUGAUUUGCCUACAAAAGCCUGUCAAAUACAGUUUACAUUUUUAAUCUACAAUUUCUACUUUUAUGUAGUUUAAAUAAUAAAAAACUGCCCUUGCAUGUAUUUUUAAUAUCGAAGACAAGAACAUAGUUUUACAGAUUAUCUGAUUUUCAUGCUAUAUUAAUAUUUAGAGCUAGAAUGUCUAUUUUAUGGGGGGGCUGUAAAUAGCUUUGUAACAUUUAAUAAUUGAAAGGUCUAAAAAGCUAUACAACUCUACUGUAUGACUGGGAUGAGUACCUAAUACAGCACAGAAAACAAGCCUACAGUACAGAUAAUUGAUGCUUAGGUUAACAGAAAAUACAGUACUUGCAAUUAUCGAUUUAUUUUCACGGGUUGUUUAUUUUGUUUACUUCGUUAAAGGUUAGCUAUACCAUAAUUCAAAUUGGAUACCACAAUCUGCCAAAAUGAAAUGGCAUUGUUAUGUUUUAGUUCAUGUCUAAUUUCAUUUGAAUGAGAAACUAUUUGUUAUUUGAAAUACUUUGCAUUAAACUUUUAAAUAAAUUAA